AUGUCCCCAGUGCGCACGCAUAGCCUGGUGCGCUACAUUGCCGCUCCUCGUAUCGGCCGGGCUAGAGUGGGCAUCGAGCCAGAAAGGAUGGAGAGGCUCCUCCCUCUCCUCUCCCUCACACUGCCUUCACUGCCUCCUCAGUCUUCACCAGUGGAUACGCUCCAGGCUAUGCCAAGCUCAACCGGAGAGGAGGUGCGGGGGGCUGGUCUCCCCAGGACAGCGACAGCUACCCGUGGCUCCAAGUGGACCUGGGCAACCGGAGACAGGUGGUUGCCGUGGCAACACAGGGCAGGUACAGCAGCUCUGAUUGGACGACAAGGUACAGGCUGCUCUACAGCGACACGGGCAGGAACUGGAAGCCUUAUCACCAGGACGGAAACAUAUGGGCGUUCUCAGGCCAACUUCCAACACGGAGAGUGUGGUGCGUCUGGACAGCUAUGGAAUGAUCAUGGCAACUCUGUUGGAGAUGAACGAUACCGACGCAACGUUAACUUCACCCUGGACACACACACACAACACUUCAGGACCAACGGAGAGUUUGACCAUCUGGAUCUAGACUACGAGUUGAGUUUUGGUGGCAUGCCCUACAGUGGUAAGCCAGUGGGAGGGGGGAUGAAGAACUUCAGAGGCUGUUUGGAGAGCAUCAACUACAACGGAGACAACAUCACUGAUCUGGCACGACGCAAGAAGCUAGACACCUCCAGCUUUCGUAAUCUGUCAUUCUCUUGCAUGGAGUCUCACUCCUUCCCAGUUUUCUUCAACGCCACCAGCUUCCUGCAGCUCCCAGGAAGAGCCAAUCAGGAUGUAGUAUCACUUAGAUUCCAGUUCCGCACCUGGAACGCCAACGGACUCCUCAUCUUCAGUAACCUUGACGACGGAACGCUUGAGAUAGCCCUUGACGACGGGAAGAUGGGAGUUCACUUCAACGUGACGCAGACGAAGAACACCAGGAUAGCAAUAUCAUCAG